CUACUGUGCUAGCUACCAGGUAGCAAACGAAAUGCUCCCCGUGCCCCGACCCUUCCGCUCUCGCUCCUCGCCGCCGCCCACCCCUGCUCCAGUCCGGCGGGCUUUCUCGUCUCCACUACCCAGUCUGGACCUCUCAAGGCACCCUUCAGGCCAUCUCGACGUGGCGUAGGAAGACCACUGGCCGCUGCCGCCACCGCGAUCGCGUCCACCCGCCACGCGCGGCAGCUGUUCGACGCAAUGCCGGCCUCGCCGCGAGACGCCAUCUUCUGCGCCACCAACGCACGCGUCUAGCCGCGGCAGUGCCGGCCUUGCCCCAGUGCGAGCGUGCGCUUCUUUGGCCGCGCGGUGGCGUUUCCUAGAAAGGCAGCUUGGUUUUCCCAGAUCGCCGCCUCCUGCUUUCGCUUACCCUAAUUGCUGAAGGAGAUUUCUACGGCAGAAAAACAGGCUUGCCUAAACCGCUGUGGUCGACGCCAAUCACACUACACCGCGCGGUGCCGCCGAAGCAGGCCACGUUGUGGGUGGACUGUGGACGAGCUCGAGGACACGGAGCUAGGAGGAAUGGAUGAUGGGAUCAGUGGCUUUCAAGAAUCAAGUGACAUGUCUAUUUCGAGCGAUGGCGACGGCAUUAAGCAACGAAAGGAAAGCAAUGUGGAGCUUGCACAUGGCCUUGCUGAAGCUCAAUCAGAUGGAUCACUUGGAGAACCUGAAGUGGGGAUGACCUUUGAUACCGAGAAUGAGGUGAGAGAGUACUACAACACAUAUGCUAAAGCAAAAGGCUUCGGUGUGACGAGAAGGAGUUCACACAGAGAUGAUAAUGGACAACUGAAGUACCUUACGUUUUCCUGCUCUCGCUAUGGUAAGGCUCAGUCCAACUCAGGAAAUAUGUUGAAGCCAAGUCGAACAGCCGGGACAGGAUGUAAAGCUAAAAUCAAUAUUACCCGUGCUCCUGAUGGGAGGUUUCAUCUUUCGACGGUCAUUUUGGAUCAUAAUCAUACAUUAAGUCCACCUAAACCUCGGCGGUUCAGAUGCAACAAAAAGUUAGACUUCUGUGUCAAGCGAAGUCUUGAACUGAAUGACCCAGCUGAAAUACGAGUAAGCAAGAGUUCAACCAUACCUCGUGUCACACACUUUGACAUCGAGAAGCAAUUUCAAUCAGCUUAUACAAAUUUGAGGUUCAAAGAAUUUCAAGAAGAGCUAACACAAACUAUGUACUGUGAUCGGAAGUUGAUGCAAAAGGAGGGGGCGAUAGAAAUGUAUGAAAUCACCGAGGAUGUGCUGAUUGACGAAGAUAAAGGAUGGAGAAAAGAUAUUGUGCACCAUGUAUACUUCAGUGAGGAAGAGUUUGAAGUUAAGUGUUCAUGUCGCCGCUUUGAGUUCACUGGUAUUCUCUGUAGGCAUGUGUUAUGUGUGCUCACUCACAAGAAAAUCAAGGAGGUUCCUCCACAAUACGUCUUUGAUCGGUGGAAAAAAAAUGUGAACAGAAAGCACAACUUUAUCAGAUGCACAUAUGGCGGCAUGGAAGACACUCUUGCUGCAGAACGUUUUGAUAGAUUGUGCAAUUCUUUCUACCCAGUUGCAGAGAUAGGCGCCAUGUCAGAUGAUUCAUGCAAUGCUUUGAUGGAAGAGCUUCACACCCUGAAAAUUCGAUUCUCUAGCAACUCAAGUUCUGAAAAUGGUAAGGAACAUGUUGCUACACGGGAAGAUGCACCUUUGAAUGGAAAGACAACAAGUAAAACUACACCAAGUCCAAUAGCUGUCAGGUGUGCUCGAUGUCCUCCUUCACCGAGAAAACAAUCUAUGCUUGAUAAGCUUAUUUGUCAAGCAAACGAAAAGAAGAAGGAAGCUGAACAAAAGGCUUCUUCCACAAAUUUGAACAAGAAAAGGCCCCGUAAAAAUAGAAAAUCAUCAGUGGAUGAUAUUCUAGAACAACAUGUUAUGGAACAUUCGAGUCAGCAACCUGUUUGUUUGGAUGGCCCAGCUAGUAGCAUCACAUCUCAGAGAACAUUUGACUUGGCUAUUACCACUAGCAACAUAAAUCCAUCUGUGACAGCUACAAUACCAUCUGGAGGUUCAUCGACAAUGGUUAUGCCUCAAAUUCUUGGAGAAUACACACUUAUGCCAUUUCAAGUUCAACAAGGACCGGCUAUAGUGUCCAGCUCUGCAGAACUACACUUUGAUGGAAUUGGAGGGCUCAACAAUACGGUGGACCGGAGUUAGACAGGAUUUAUGUAAUUUGAAGAUGUUGGAUGCUGUAUUUUUAGUGUAGUAGCUGUAGCUGAUAGGCACCAGGGCACUAGAAUGUAGACACAUUUAUGUUUAUCUUCUGGUCUCUCCCCUAAGUACUAGAACUGAUUACAAAAUUAUUAUACAUUUGCAAUUUUUUAAGGAUAUGUGUGUGCGUGUGUGCACAUUUUGCAAUUUGCCAUGGAUACGCCAUAUGUGCAUAUG